GGUGGGCGGUAGGCGGUGCUGCCGGGAGCUGGGUGCUGUCCAGAGGCGACUGGGCGUCGUUAGGGGUGCUGGCUGUGAUCGGUUGGGCCGCACUUAGCGUGGGACGAAGCUUGGGCUACUGUGUGACUACGUGCGGCCUUCCCUUGAUGUCGGCCCUCGAGAAAAGCAUGCACCUCGGUCGCCUGCCCUCUCGCCCUCCUGUACCCGGCAGCGGGGGCAGUCAGAGCGGAUCCAAGAUGCGAAUGGGCCCUGGAAGAAAACGGGACUUUUCUCCUGUUUCUUGGAGUCAGUACUUUGAGUCCAUGGAAGAUGUCGAGGUGGAGAAUGAAACUGGCAAGGAUACUUUUCGAGUGUACAAGAGUGGUUCAGAGGGUCCAGUCCUGCUUCUUCUGCAUGGAGGAGGCCAUUCUGCCCUUUCCUGGGCUGUGUUCACGGCGGCAAUCAUUAGUAGAGUUCAAUGUAGGAUUGUGGCUUUGGAUCUGCGAAGUCAUGGUGAAACAAAAGUCAGGAAUUCUGAAGACCUGUCUGCAGAAACAAUGGCAAAAGAUGUUGGCAAUGUGGUUGAAGCCAUGUACGGGGACCUCCCUCCUCCGAUUAUGCUAAUUGGACACAGCAUGGGUGGUGCCAUUGCAGUCCACACAGCGUCAUCCAACCUGGUGCCAAGCCUCCUGGGUCUGUGCAUGAUCGAUGUCGUGGAAGGUACAGCCAUGGAUGCACUUAAUAGCAUGCAGAAUUUCUUACGUGGACGUCCGAAAACCUUCAAGUCUCUGGAGAAUGCUAUUGAGUGGAGUGUGAAGAGCGGCCAGAUUCGAAAUCUGGAGUCUGCCCGUGUCUCCAUGGUUGGCCAAGUCAAACAAUGUGAAGGAAUUACAAGUCCAGAAGGCUCAAAAUCUAUAGUGGAAGGAAUUAUAGAGGAAGAAGAAGAAGAUGAAGAAGGAAGCGAGUCAGUGAAUAAGAGGAAAAAGGAAGAUGACAUGGAGACCAAGAAAGACCAUCCAUACACCUGGAGAAUUGAACUGGCAAAAACAGAGAAAUACUGGGACGGCUGGUUCCGAGGCUUAUCCAAUCUCUUUCUUAGUUGUCCUAUUCCUAAAUUGCUUCUCUUAGCUGGUGUUGAUAGGUUGGAUAAAGAUCUGACCAUUGGCCAGAUGCAAGGGAAGUUCCAGAUGCAAGUCCUGCCCCAGUGUGGCCAUGCAGUUCAUGAGGAUGCCCCCGACAAGGUAGCUGAAGCCGUUGCCACUUUCCUGAUCCGGCACAGGUUUGCAGAGCCCAUCGGUGGAUUCCAGUGCGUGUUUCCUGGCUGUUAGUGACCUGGUGUCCACCCCUCCCUCAACAUUGAGCUCUGUUGUAAAUACAUCACACCAGAGGCCACUGUGAUGCCGCUGUCUCUUCCACCAUCCUGCCCGGCCAUGUGACACCGGCUCCCCGUAGACGGGCAUCCCCAGAUGUAUGAACCUUUUCGUGUAUUCCUGCCCAGAGCAUUGUUUUCCAGGGCUCUUGACCAACAUCGGCCUCCCCAGCCCAGGGCUCCCCAGAUCACACCCCUCCCCUGCACAGGGGUAGACCCCGCCUGCUCUCCCUGCCUUGCCUCGGGAGAAGCCUCCAUCAGAGCUGCCACCUUGGCCCGGUUCCUGGCGUCAGGCAGCACACCUGGGUCCAGAUGUCUCCCUGGGCUCAGGGACCUCCAUUCCUGGACAUUGUUCUUGGCAUGGUCCUGUCCUGCCUGGUGGGACAGACAGUGCACGGGAUGGUCCUUAUUCUUCCCGUUCAAAUAAAACACUAGUCAGGUACCUUUUUUUAUCCUAGUCUUACCCUUCUAGGUUCGGAAGGCCCAGAGAGGCCAGGAUUCCAUCCUUCGGUACAGGGAGGGUUGCCGGAUAGCAUCACAAGAAACCAGCCUGAGAAUCAGGUCCAGCCAGUCCAAGCACAUGGCCUCCCACCAGGGAGAGCCCAGCGCCCUGCUCCCACAUGUCUGGGCACCUGCCCUGGGCUGAGGCCAGGCUGCUCCAGGGGCCACUUGAGGCCUC